CGAGCUGUCAGAUUAUUGUUAUUCUCCCUGUCCAACUUCCCUAAAACUCCCUCCCUUCAUCCAGCAAACCCUAAUCCCUAUUCCUCCCUUUUGUUGUAAUUUACGAUUUAUUUUCUCCCUUUCCUCUUAUUUUAAAUCCAAAGCGUUGAUCGUUUGAGAUAUUUUGUGAAUUCGGCUUUGUUGAAAGCAUGGAUUCUGGAGUAAACGCUUAUACACCUCCACCAGAAUUCGAAGAAGAUUCUUCUCAGCAAUUAGUUGAUCUUACGCUAUCGGACUCUAAGGAGCUUUUCCUUAUUCAAUGGCCUCUUCACCAAAAUCCUGAAAUUAAAGGCGAAGUAGUUACUCUUCAGCUCGAUUCUGAUGGAAAAUUAGGCAGUAUUACAGAUUCUACUGGAAAAGAUUAUGAUCUUGUUAGCAGUGCAUCCAAAGUGAGUGAUGCAACGGUUAUCUUAUCCUCUGAAUCGGAGUCUAAAAUCGUUUAGAAGAUUUCGCGACGAGUUUCUCAUGUACAUUAUACGACUCCUGAAGAAUACGAACAGCUCAGUUCUAACAAGAAGCUGCUACAUCAAAGAUCCUCUGGAAUGACUGAUUCUUUUGCAACUCCGAUGCAAAGCAAAGGGUGGAGAAGUUCAAUGUCUUUGGGGCGUACAAAAAGAAAACAUGAUAACGAAUCGAUAAAAGAGUAGUCGACAAAAGAAAACAUGGUAGUCGACAAAAGAGUACAGUCUCUGGAAUCAAUGAACUAUCUAAGCCUUCAAAAAGAAGACAUGGUAACGAAUCGAUAGGAUCCAUGAACCAACCAACGUGGAGUCAUGAGACAACUCCAAUUUCAGGGUCUUCAAAGCAAAGUGCCCACAAAUCAAAGAAAGUAAAGAAUGAGGAAUGAUGUUUCAUCUUUUUCGGGUAUCGAUUCCCUUAUUUUUACCUUGACAUGAAGUUUGUCAGAGCUGCACUCUUCUUCUUUCCGCUUUCAAUUGCAAUUAUUAUUGCUGUUUUUGCA